CCUCAGUCCUCACAUUCAUUUAUUCAUUCUUUCUCCAUUUCCUCCAUUCACUUCAUAUUCAUUUCACUUUUUGACUUCUCGUCUUGCAUCAUAUUUAUUCACUCUUCAAAUAUAUCAUUAUGCGCUCCUCUUUGGUCCUCUCAGUCGCCACUACCCUGCUAUCUGCUUCUCUGGUUCAACAAACUCAUGCCCAACAACUGUGCAAUGGAUAUGCAGGUCUUUGUGCAAAGACUUAUGACCAGGUUGCGUACCCCACAACCCAUAACGCAUAUGCCUACCAACCAGCAGAUGCACUUGCUCUGAACCAACAUAAUGAUAUUCCCACUCAGCUGGGUGAUGGCAUCCGCGCAUUCAUGCUGGAUGCUUAUAAAUCCACUAACCCUAAUGAUAUUCAACUUUGUCACACUUCCUGCAAUUUGUUGGAUGCUGGCCCACUAUCGAAGGUUUUGAGCCAGAUCAAGUCUUUCUUGGAUGACAACAAAAACGAAGUUAUCACCAUCUUCUGGGAGAAUUCUGCAGAUUUGGCAGCUUCUCAGUUCCAGACCGUAUAUGCAGCCGCAGGAUUAAGCGAUUAUCUGUAUACACAAUCUGCCGGGACCACAAAAUGGCCUACAUUAGCAGAGAUGAUCUCGUCUGGCAAGCGUCUUGUGAACUUCAUUGCUUCGGGCGCAGAUGCCUCUGUCCCAUGGCUUAUGAACGAAUAUGAUUACGUGUUCGAGACCCCAUACCAGAUCACAAAAGGUGCAGAGUUCCCAUGUACAAUUGAUCGCCCAAGUGGCGAACGCAAGCAGAUGUAUGUCCUUAAUCACUUCAUUUCGCAAACCCUUGCAACUGGCGGACAAAAUAUCGAUGUGCCUCAACCAGACGCAGCAGCUCAGACAAAUGGCGAAGAUUUGGUCACACAUAUCAACAGCUGUCAGUCAACCUUUAGUCAGGUUCCCAAUUUUGUGGCUGUGGACUUUUAUGAAAAAGGAACACUCUUGCAAACAGUUGCUCAGAUCAAUGAUGUCCCUUUCAACAACAAGACGCCUACACAACCCAAGAACUCUGGGUCAUCUGGAAACAAUGGAAAGGGCAAGGGAAAUGGAGGUGAGGUUUUGAUGUCGAAGGGAGCUGAUCUCAAGGCUAUCGGUGUAGCUGCGAUGGCUGUUGUAUGUGGUUAUAUGGCUUUUUAAAUAGACAAAAAAAUUUAGAACUUUAUAAACUAUUUAACUGAAUAAACGAGUAUCAUGUCACUCGAGAAAGG